AUGAGGUAUUUGACCUCAGAUGAUUUUAGAAUAUUACAAGCUAUUGAAUUAGGAUCAAGAAAUCAUGAAUUAGUACCUACUCAAAUGAUUCAUUCUAUUGGUGGCAUGAAAUCACCAUCAGGUACAAAUAAAGCCAUUGGUGAUUUAGCAAAAUUAAAAUUAAUUUCAAGAUUAAGAAAUGCAAAAUAUGAUGGAUUUAGAUUAUCAUAUUCAGGAUUUGAUUAUCUUGCUUUGAAAACUUUAUUAAAUCGUAAUUCAGUUUAUUCAGUUGGUUCUACAAUUGGUGUUGGUAAAGAAUCUGAUAUUUAUUCAAUUAGUGAUUCAAAAGGUAAACAAAAAGUUUUAAAGAUUCAUAGGCUAGGUAGAACAAGUUUUAAAACUGUUAAAAAUAAUAGAGAUUAUUUACAAAAAAGACAAACUUCAAAUUGGAUGUAUUUAUCAAGAUUAGCAGCUGAAAAAGAAUAUGAAUUUAUGGAAAUUUUAUAUACUAAUGGUUUCAAUGUUCCUCAACCAUUUGAUUGUUCAAGACAUUGUAUUGCUAUGGAAUGGAUAAAAGGUUAUCCUAUGAAACAUAUGAAAAGCGAUUAUGCAAAUUAUAAGAAAUUAUAUUCUGAAUUAAUGAAUUUUAUUAUACAAUUAGCUAAUGCAGGUUUAAUACAUUGUGAUUUUAAUGAAUUUAAUAUUUUGAUACGAGAUGAACCUGAAAAAUACAAGUAUGACUUUGUUGUUAUUGAUUUCCCACAAUGUGUUUCAAUUGAACAUCCAGAUGCAAAGGAAUAUUUUGAUAGAGAUGUACAAGGUAUACGAGAUUUCUUUAUGAAGAAAUUUAAAUAUGAUCCACAACAUGAUGCUACAAUGUUCGAUACUUCAGGUUAUGGAGAUGGUUAUAAAUAUGCAUAUCCAAAUUUCAAAAGAGAUGUAAUUAGAGAAAAGAAUUUAGAUGUUGAAGUUAAAGCUUCUGGAUAUGCUAAAAAGAGAACUGGUAAUAGAAAUGAUAAAGAUUUAGAAAAGGCAUUGUUAGGUAUGAGAAUUAAAGCUGAUGAAGAUGAAGAUUUAUCAGAAAUAGAUGAUGAAGAGGAUGAAGAAGAUCAUGAGGAAGAAUAUGAUUACGAAGACGAAGAAGAUGAAUUUGAAGAAGAGAAGGAUCUUGAAGAAGAAAAUGAAAAGAUAAUAGAAGCUUUAUCUGCUAAAAAACCGUUGAAAAUGGACAAAUUAGGUAAUUACAUACUAGACGAAUAA